GUUUUAUUCUUGCCGAUGGGUCUUCCUUUGUUAGUAGGAUCGCUACUGAUAGCCUUUGGGCCUUCAUCCAUCUUUUACGUGACCACGGUGUCCAGACGACCCUAUCUUUUGGUAGUCAGUCUGUUCGGAUUCCUGUGGAGUAUGUUAUCAUUUGUGUUAAGCGGGGCAAUAUUCUCAAUAUGGAAUAUUUGGAGUACUCCUCCACUUCCGGUUUCCAUGGUUCUGUCGAUACUUUUUUUUGAGCUGUUGCGCCCGUUUGUCUAUAAGUUUAUGAAUUUUUCAUGCAAAAAGUUGAACGAAGUGGAUAUUCCUCUCUCCAUUACAGCUCCUACGGAGCUUUUCAAGCUCUCUGUCUGCGCCGGUAUGGGCACUGGACUGCUCACCGUGUUCAGCAUUGCGCUGGUUCCUCUCACGUCUGCUGGAUAUGCAGCAGACUACUAUAUGCCCCAAUGCAACUGCAUGUCCUUGUAUGUAGUGAUAGCGAUUGAGAGUUUGUGCGUGAUGCCACUGCAUGUUCUGUGGACGUACCUCACUCUGCGAGCGUAUUCAUCGAAGUACUGGCCUACCGCGAUUGUCGUGUGCAUUCUUCAUCUUCUCCAGGGCUGUGUGACCCUGCUCAACCAGGUGUCUUCGGGCUGCAUCUACGCGGUGGUAAUCCUGGUGGUUCUGGCGUUGGCCGCGAUUUUGGUUCUGAGCAAGCUGGUGGCCAAUUCGUGCCAGUUGAUGUUUCCUCCGAAGAAGGCAGUGAAGGAGGGGAAGGAGGAGCGAUAAGAGAGUGAGAGCCAAGGCGUGCUGGGGUUGGCAUGUGUGUUCGAUUGCUGCUUAGUCCUAAUGCU